GGCCCAGGCCAGAGCCGAGAUACCCUAAUAAGCCCUAAGGACAGCUACAUGCAUGUCUUCGCUUCAAAAAAAGUUAUGAAUUGGUUUUCGCUCAGAAAAGCUAGGAAUUUGUUGUCGUCAGCCACCCAAAGUCAGAGAAUCUCAUUCGGCCUUCACCUCUGGAUGAACCAGGGAGAGACGGAACUAUCAUCUCGCACCAAUUCAGCCAGCAUCUUCCCCUAAUUCGUCCCCAGAUCCGAUCGUUCGCUUUCCAUCACUAAACUCCCACCAAUUAUGCGCCGCCUCUCGCCGCCGCCGGCGGUGGCGGUGGCGGAGUCCAUCGACGCCCUCCGCUUCUCCACCUCUGCCGCAGCGUCGGCCGUUCCAUCCCCUCCCGACCUGGACCCCCCUCGCCUCGACCCCUCCGACGUCCGAUCCCACAAUGCCGUCCUCAUCUCAUAUUCUUCCAGGGGCAGUGAGGCGCCGCGCCUCGCGCACCUCCUGGCCUCCUUCGGCGCCAUGCUAAAGUCCGGUGCGCCUCCCGAUCGCUGUUCCUACAACACGCUCAUCAGUGCGCACUGCAAGCUCGCUCUCCUCGCCGACGCCAGGGCCGCUCUGGCUCGGAUGCACGAGGCGGGGUUCGCGCCGGACACCUUCACCUACAACUGCCUCAUGCUCGGCCUCUGCAGGGCCGGCCUCCUCACAGCUGCGUGCGGGUUGUUCGUGCAGAUGCCACGCCGUUGGGGUGUCUACUACGACAGACACUCCUACACUAUCCUGAUCCAGGGCCUGUGUGCCGUGGGGCGCAUUGACGAUGCCUGUAGGGUGUUUGCUAAAAUGUCGAGGGGCUGGUGCAGACCCGGGGUGCACACAUACACUGUGCUGCUCGAUGGGCUCUGCAAGGCUAGGCGUGUUGGGGACGCCGAGGCUUUGUUGGGUGAGAUGGUCGAUAAGGGUGUGGUGCCAAACGUCGUGACUUAUAAUGCCUUGAUUGGCGGACUUUGUCAGGAGGGGAGGUUCGAUGAUGUGACCAAGUUGUUGGAGAAAAUGGAGAUGCAGCAGUGUGCUCCAGAUUGCUGGACAUAUACCAUAGUUGUCCAUGGUCUGUGGAAGCAUGGAAAAGUGGAGCAUGGUGCCAAGGUGUUGUGUGAAGCCUUAGUGAAGGGCGUUGCUCUUGGAGUUGCCACUUACAAUGUGUUGAUUGAUGGGUAUUGUAAGGUUGGUGAUAUGAAGGCUGCUCUUGAUGUUUUGCAGUUGAUGAAGAAGAAUGGGGUCAACCCAAAUGUCCAAAUUUUUAAUGUGGUGAUCCAUGGAUUCUGUUGCGGCGGUAAAGUGCAUCAAGCGAUGGCCUUCUUGACACAAAUGGUUGGGGCUGGGUUGUUGCCGAAUAUUGUUACAUUCAACUCGCUGAUAUCUGGUCAGUGUAGCGUGGGUGAAAUGAAGAUUGCUUUCCGGUUGCUUGAUUUGAUGGAGGAUUAUGGCGUUCUUCCAGAUCGACAAACUUAUGCCAUCUUUAUAGAUGCUCAUUGUGAGCAAGGUCGACUGGAGGAGGCUCAUUCUCUCUUUUCUUGUCUUCCUCAGAAAGGUAUUAAGGCACACAGCGUCAUAUAUAAUUCACUGAUUCAUGGAUAUUGCCAAGUAGGUGAUAUUGAUUCUGCUUUUGGGCUGAUGGAGAAGAUGGCUUCAGAGGACUGUAUAUCUGAUGUUCACACCUACAACGCCCUUAUUGAUGGUCUGUGCAAAGUGAAAAGAUUGGAUAGGGCUAUAGAUUUACUAGACAAGAUGAAGAAGCAGGGGAUAGAACCAACAACUUGUACAUUUAACAUUCUGAUCAAGCAAAUGCUUUGGGACAAGAAGCAUGCAGAUGCUGCCAAGAUGUAUGAGCAAAUGAUAUCUUCUGGUUGCAAACCUGACAAACAGACAUAUACACUGAAAAUCAGUACAGACUGGUUUGAAGGUGCAAGGAAGGAAGACAAUAUAGACGUGGAUAUUGUUGAAAUGCAUGAAGCAGGUGUUUCUCCAGAUGUGGAAACAUAUAACGCUAUCAUAAAGGCGUAUAGUGAUGCUGGCCUGAUGGAGAAAGCCUUCUUUGCACAUGUGAAGAUGCUUUCUGUCCCUAUUGAUCCAAAUUGUACAACAUAUUCGAUAUUGCUUAAUCAUAUGUGUAACAAGGAUGAUAGUGAUGCAUUUGAUAAUGAAAAAGUAUGGAAGAUGGUAGAUGUGAGAAAUCUGCAGGAGCUUUUUGAACAGAUGUGUAAAUCUGAUGCUGCUCCUGGCAUUAGCACAUACAAGGCACUGCUGAGGGGAUUGUGUAAUCAGUGUCGACUGGAGGAGGUGGAAUGGCUGUUGCUAAAAAUGCAGGGAAACAGCGUUCUGUUGGAUGAAGACAUGUCUGAUUAUCUACUUGGUUGCUAUUGUAACUUAAAGAUGUACAGGGAAGCAUGCGAGCAAUUUAGAUCGAUGGCCCAUCAGAGCUUUCAGCCAGGGCUAAAGUCAUGCUGCCUUCUCCUUUCUGGCCUUUGUGAUAGUGGAGAUCAUGGGAUGGCUGUAUCAAUUUUCAGUGACAUACUUGGCUUAGGGUACAACUAUGAUGAGAUUGUCUGGAAACUUUUAAUUGAUUGCCUACAUGAGAAGCGGCAUACUGGGGCAUGUUUAGGGAUGCUUUCAGUGAUGGAUGAUAAAAAGUGUGUUGCUAGCACUAGGACAUAUGCAUCUUUAAUUCAUUUGUUGCUGGAAACUGAAUGAAGAUCUUGUUUAAACGGUUCACUUGUUGUAGAAACUACUUUGUCCUGGGCUUAGCCCCGGCAUGGUUACAUGGGAGCAUAAUUUUGGAUGAAUUCAGCUGGCCUUGAAUUUGUUGGAAUCUGGUUCUUGUUGUCUCACCAUCAGUUGAUAAACGUGAGUUUGGUCAUGUUCUGGGUCCAGGAUUGGUGCAGUCUACAUACUGCCAUCAUUCGAUAUACCUACACAGUUCAGUGAACUUUCACUUAUCAUCUGCCUGGAGUCAAGAUAGAGUUUCCAAAUUCCAAUACUCUAUCAAAGUUGGCGAAGCACUCGUGACAGCAAGCUGAAUGGACAGGAUGGGAGGUAUCCCAUAUUCUCAUCGCAUCUACUGUCUCGUUUUUAUCUGUUAGUAGCGUCAGAAGUGUGUGUGUUUCAUAUCAUAUGUUGCAAUCGCUGCUUUCAGAAGUUUGUUGCAUGCGAAUAUGUGACGUAGAAUUUAUGGUAUUAAACCUCUAUGAUAAAUGUUCUUUCCUAAA